AGUAGAAGACACAAUGGAGUCGAGGUUUGGUGAUAUAUUUCUGUUUCUGACGGACUUAGCAUGGAAGAGUCGCCUUACCAUACCAGUAUUGGUGACAACUGCUUUUCUGGUCAUGGAUAUCCGUCUGCAAAUCGAGAUAAAUAUUCAGACUGGCCAAGUGAAUGCUAGCGAUUUGGACGAGCCUGAAGUGGAAUUUGAGGCUAUGAGAGCUCAACCAAGCGAAGACGAGGGUUCAGAGGGUUAUUCAGAAUUCACCAGCGGAGAAGUAAACAGCAGCGACGAAUCUCGUUAUAGUUUGUACGAUGACAUGAGCUCGGAGUAUGAUGUAGACGAUGAUCCAGAUGCAUACUAUCCAAGCGAGUUGCCCUUCUAGUGUAAUUAGUCAGUUUAUUUGAAUUUAGAAAUUUAGUUUGCACUAAAUUAAUAUUUUUUAAGA